GCAGCCAGCCAGCCGCGCUCUUCGGCGGCAGGGGCAUGGAGGAGCGGCGGGCUCCGAGCCGCGCCCCGGAGUCCCUGAAACUUCCGAGCAGGCGCCCAAUCGCGCCUCUGCAGCCGCCGCCACCGCCACCUCACCUGCCGGCUUGAGAGCGGGACCAUGGAUGAAAGGUUCAACAAGUGGCUGCUGACGCCGGUUCUCACUCUCCUCUUCGUGGUCAUCAUGUACCAGUACGUGUCCCCUUCCUGCACCAGCUCCUGCACCAACUUCGGGGAGCAGCCCCGUGUCGGGGAGGCCCGCCCGCCCGCCGCUCCGAGUCCUGCUCGACGGGCUCAGGCGCCCCCAGAUGAGUGGGAGCGGCGGCCCCAGCUGCCUCCACCGCCCCGGGGACCCCCCGAGGGGCCUCAAGGGGUCGCGGCUCCUGAGGAUGAGGAUGAGGAUCCCGGGGACCCUGGGGAAGAAGAGGAGGAAGAGGAGGAGGAGCCGGAUCCCGAGGCGCCCGAAAACGGCUCCCUGCCCCGGUUAGUGCCGCGCUUCAACUUCACCCUGAAGGACCUGACCCGCUUCGUGGACUUCAACAUCAAAGGGCGCGACGUGAUAGUGUUUCUACACAUCCAGAAGACGGGGGGCACCACGUUCGGCCGGCACCUGGUGAAGAACAUUCGCCUGGAACAGCCGUGUAGCUGCAAAGCUGGCCAGAAAAAGUGCACCUGCCACCGGCCGGGAAAGAAGGAGACCUGGCUCUUCUCCCGCUUCUCCACCGGCUGGAGCUGCGGGCUGCACGCCGACUGGACCGAGCUCACCAACUGCGUGCCGGCCAUCAUGGAGAAGAAGGAUUGUCCCCGCAACCACAGCCACACCAGGAACUUCUACUACAUCACCAUGUUGCGGGACCCAGUGUCGCGUUACCUGAGCGAGUGGAAACACGUCCAGAGAGGGGCCACGUGGAAAACCUCUCUCCACAUGUGUGACGGAAGGAGUCCCACCCCGGAUGAGCUGCCUACCUGCUACCCAGGGGAUGACUGGUCUGGGGUCAGCUUGCGGGAGUUCAUGGAUUGCAGCUACAAUUUAGCCAACAACCGGCAGGUGCGCAUGCUCGCUGACCUCAGCCUGGUGGGCUGCUACAACUUGACUUUCAUGAACGAGAGUGAGCGAAGUGCCAUCCUGCUGCAAAGCGCUAAGAACAACCUGAAGAACAUGGCCUUCUUCGGGCUCACGGAAUUCCAAAGGAAGACACAGUUUCUCUUUGAAAGGACAUUCAACCUGAAGUUCAUCUCCCCUUUCACACAGUUCAACAUCACCCGGGCUUCCAAUGUGGACAUCAACGAGGGAGCCCGCCAGCAUAUCGAGGAGUUGAACUUCCUGGACAUGCAGCUCUAUGAAUAUGCAAAAGACCUCUUCCAGCAACGCUACCAUCACACCAAACAGCUAGAGCACCAGAGGGACCGCCAAAAGAGGCGUGAGGAGCGCAGGCUGCAGCGAGAACACAGAGCGCACGGGUGGCCCAAAGAAGACGGGGCCACAGAGGGGACGGUCACUGAGGACUAUAACAGCCAGGUGGUUAGAUGGUGACCCUCUGCCUUCUCCUUUUUCAUGACGGGGAGACAAGCAGGCACCUUGCCCUUCUGUUGGAUCCCAUUGAAGAAACCGGGUCAUGCUGAGGACCCUUGGCUGUGUGUGACUUAAUUCGGAUGUCUGCUUCCUCUUCUUCAUCUUCAAUCCAACUGGAAACUUUCCAUCUUGUUUAUUAUUUUUUUCUUUUUCUAGACUUUCUCUGAUCACUGAUAUAUUUGGGGUAGAAAUGUAUCCAACACACCACGUUAAGUGGUCAGAAACGAGGCCUCAGAAAUGAGACAGUGUGUAGGAUCUUUGUCAGUCACAUGGGCCAAUUGGGAAUCUGGAACCCACAGUAGUACACAGGAAAACAAAAGCCACGGCUUGGAUUGUCUACCGAAUGCAUCAUGAUGCACCCACUAGAACAUAGCUCUGUUUAGAGAUAGAGAGAAAGACGCUCUGUCCUUAGAUGACCCAUCUCAUUCAGUGUUGAAUUUGGGAGCUGUUAAGAUGAGGGUUAAAUCAAGAAUGACAUGGUUUGUCUUUGCAGAUGUUUUUAAACAAAAUUACUAUAUUACUGACCAUAGCUAGGGACUCCUAGCCUACAAAUGCCAACAUCAGAGCCCUAAGCCCUGGAUCUACUCUGUCUUUUAGGGGACAGGGAAAGAACAGAAUGUUGGUUUGGUUAUGGCCCUGAGAAAUAAACACUAGUGGGAGGGACAUUUUGGGGAGCACACUUAUUUAGGAAUGAUGACGAAGGAGAUUGCACUUUACUGGUGUUAAUCCCUCAGGCAUAGAAUAAACAAGAAAUUUAGAGAGUGUGGGCAAAGAAACCAGGAGAAAAACUCCAGUAAACCAGCUUUAGAGCCUUAGUUGUUACUUUGAAAGAACGUCAGACUUUUGCCUUUGGGGAACAGACACCUUCUCAGUCAGGUUCGAAAUUCUGCUAUCCCAAAAGGAAAGAUGUUUUCAAAAGCCUUGACUUAAAUAACAGGAGCCGAACCAAGGACACACACUCCAUUCCAGGUCAAUACAUGAGAGGGGCCAGGAGACACAGCACGGUGUCCAUGAGACAGACCAGGAGUUCAGAGGGACCCUGCCCCUGACAUUCCCAGUGUCUUUAAACCGCUCCCUUCCCAUGUGAUCAUUGCCUGUUCUGUGGCUCCAACCAGAGAAUCAAGCUACAGUGCACAAAGCUGGACCAAAAAAUAAGCUGCAUUGCCCUAGGGUCCUCGGUUUUGCCCUUUCCAAGCCCCAACAACAGUCUCUUCUGUGGGAAGGGAGGGGAAGGAGGGAGUGGAAAGCCCUGCCUCCCCUUCAGCUGGAAGGUCAGAGUGGGUGGAGAGUUUUACAGUGCGCUGAUAAGAUCAGCCCUUUAAAGCAGCUGAGGCGAAAGCUGGAGACCCAGAAAUCCGGCUGCAAAGCCUCUUUCACUGAUGCCCCCACAUGCUUGAUGUUUAAGCCAGAUUUACGUCAGUCACUUCUCAGCCUUCAGAAGGUGCUUUCUGGGGCUGAAAGGUCAUCAUCUCCGAGUGUUUGUGGGUUGUCUGCUGCAAGGGAGCAGUGCGUCUUUUGUAGAUUCCCAUAGAGAAGUGGCUUUGAGGUUUCUCUCACUGCGGUAGGCAUCUAGUGUACUGCAGGAAAUGGUGUCAUCGGACGACCUUAGAAUCCCCGUGCUCUGCUUAUGAUGUUAUUUAGCGUAACAAGGCAGACAUUGCCGGUCCUCACUUUAUUGUUGAGAAGAUGAAGUCCGCAGAUGGGAUGAGGCUUCCCUGGGGAUUAUCAGGUGGACCAAGUUGGCCAGAAAGCACAAGAUCUAUAUUUACAUAGUGCUUCCCACGUGGGAUAAAUCUUUCUGCCAAUCAUAUAAGACGCCGGAUGCUAUGACUCUGAAGUAUUUGCUCCUGAUCUGCAGAGGUGGCAUGAAGGGACACCACUGCCCUUUCGGUGAUCCGAGCGGUCCUGAGCCCUGCUCCCCACGGGGCAGUGCCCCCACAUUACUGUCUCACUAGUGAGCUGAGAGUUGGAUGACUUCUUCAGCAGCCCUAAAUGCUGAGUUACACACAGUAGUAAAUUCAAAAUGAAGAAUUGGCUCUGGCUUUUUAGUUGGGAGAGAUGAGAUAGAGAUGUGUUUUCUUAGGAUGAUUUGCUCCAGAGGAAGCAGGGAAAAGAGGGAAGGGCAGGAAUGGAUGAGAAUACAUCAUUUGUUAAAACCUCCUGUUCUGCCAGGAAUGGAAACCUGACAAUUGUGCCUCUGCAGUCCACUGUGGCGCACAUAUACAUAUGGGAAACACACACCUCGGCAUUUCUUUUUAAAAUGGAAAACCAUUUGAAAAACUAGAAAGCAGUAGAUUUAUUCUUUAAACUCACUUUACAUUUUUGGUAAGGAAUCUUCGGAGGCAGGCUCUGCUGCCUCCAUAUUGUUCCUCCAGAACCUUCGAGUUUAUAGCAAAAGGCUUUCUGCCACCCCUCUGCUGAAUGUAGGCUGUGUGGCCCUCCAUUCCCUGGAGAGCAGACGAGAAACCACCUCUGUGUUGGCCUCAGACCAGUGCUAAGUAAACUGGAGAGACUAGCAUGGCCUUCCUUGCUUGUUUAGCUCCCUUCAGAAGCACUGCAGUUAUCAGUGUCCCCAGGACACGGAGAGGUGGGGUAGAGCGAAUUCUCUGGAAACUGGCUGCACAGCUUCAUGCUGGCUGAUGCUGCAGGAAGAGAUGCCAGUGGCAGGCUCAGGAAGCUAAGGAGGCAUGGCCGCUCAUCAGCCUUAAGGUCUAAAGCCACAUCAACUCCCACUCCAUAGAGGAAAUACAACCCCUAGGUAAUUCGACAUCUUGUGGGCUCCUCCAAUUCCCAGGCAGGUUUUUCUCCCUUCUCUUGGCGGUAGCAGCACAAGACAGUGGAGUGGAAUAUAUAGGAUGCUUGUGUCUGUGUGUAUGCCCCCAUGUGUAUAUGUGUGUGUGUGUCCACGUGUGUGUGUUUGGGUGUGUGUGUUCACAUUGUACAGGGUGUGUAGGGAGAAGAGUGUAUUUACAUAUUGUGAGGUUCUAUAUGUGUGAUUUGUCUAUCUGCCUGUCUGUUCACAUUUUGUAGUUGUGUGUGUGUGUGUGUGUGUGUGUGUGUGUGUGUGUGUUGUGUGUCACACACUUUGUUCAUACUUUGGUAGAAACUAAGAUAGACACUUUUUAAAAAAAUCUCCUUCCAGCUUCCUGGAAGCCUAAUCUAAAUACUGGAGGAAAUAGUUGAUGAUCGUACCAAUCAAUGUUGACAACACUUAAGGAAAAUAUUAUGAGUUACUGAAAACCUAAUCAAAUAUUUGAACUAAAAAUCUUUAUUUGAUCAGACCACUAACGUAAUAGUUUUAGAAGUCUGGAUGGAGAGGGGACUAAUCCUCUAUUAUUGCUUCUUCAUUCUAAGACAGAGCAUCUACCUCCUGGCCAAAUGUGUCUGCGUUAGCCACAGCCACCUUUUCUUCACUUGAGGCAGUGGAGGGAGGCCCGGGGAAUUGCAGGUACUACUUACGGUCAUGUCCCGUUGGCUGGAAUCCAGAUGUUAGCUGCGUCUAGUUCCAGAGAAGACUAGAAAAUGUCUUUAUUACUCAGAGCCGGCUGUCCUGAUAAGUGGGGGGGGGCCCUAUUGUUAAAGAAAUGAGGGAGAAUUAAUACUGAUAGAAAAGUACCCGUCCCCAACACAAAAGGAAGUGGGGAAAAAUGCCAAGUCCUUUUCAGUGUCAAUUAUUUCCUCAUCAGCUUUACAAAGGAUGAGAUUAAAAUUUAUCCUGUCAGCAUUUAAUGCUUUUCAAAACAUUUUAGCUUGGUAUCUCACUUGGCCUGUCUCACAUUCUUGUGCACUGGCUGCAUUUCCAUUCUCUCAUGUUUGAUCAUUUGGAAUGAAGAUUCAGAGAUGUUGGAAGAUCCCCCUACCUUUCGUUCAUUUGCAAGGAAGUUGCUCAGAGUCCAUGGGCUUUCGGCCUCAGCUUUUCCUAAUACCGAGUGCUACUUGGCAUCAGUAUCGGGACUGGGAACUGCAAGAAGGUGAAAUCUAAAUCUUUAUUGAUUUCUGUUUUCUCUUCACCUUGUUCUGCAGCUGUGGUGACCUAGAAAAUACCACGGAGAGGUGCAAUAGACUCUCAGCUCUGCCCCCAGUGAAGGGGCCUCUGACUUGAGUGAAAAGUUUGGGUAGAGAGCAGUACAAAGGGAGUCUGAGAAAAGUACAUGAAUUCAGGGGAGACACUCAAAUAUCUAUAGCUGGAUGUCGACUCUAUUCCUCCCUCAAACUCUCCAACAUGGAGACUGAGGGGAUAAGCUCACAACUCCAGUGGGAUGCACAACAUUCAAGAAAUUCAGAAUCAGUAGCUGCCUGUUAGGAAAGCCUAGGGGUGAUCAAUAGGACCUCUGCUCCUAAAAUGCCUCCCUCUCUCUGCUUUUCCCCUGGUCUCUGGUAUUUUAUCAACAGCAUAGUGUUAGAGUUCUUAGGUUUUCUUGGUAUUCGCGGAGCUCCUUUGCCCACUGCUGGAGGUUGAAACACUUUAAACUGUAACAAGUAAGCAACUUCACCCAGUCUAUCCGAUCCCUUCCCAGACGUGUCACCUGGCUAAGAAGAGGGUCAAAAUGGGAUCACACAGACACAGAGGACUACAGACAAUAGAGCAGCUAUAGAAGAGGUAGGGCUCCGAGAGAUAGGCCAGCCAGAGGAAGAUGAUAGUUAACGUAUAUGCCAGUCCAUAGUGGAAUAUAGAAACAUGGCAAAGACACAAUGUGGGUCCUUAGGAUAAAAGGCAGCCCAGAAACACAUGACUUAAUUCUUCUACCCACUUAGCAGAGCACAAGAGGGGCGCACCUAUGGGACAGAAUCAGAGCCUCGGGUAGACGUGGGAGUCCCAAGACUGACAAGGGUAGAAGAGUUGAAUUAGACAGAGAGCGGUGUUCGCCUUCAUCUGAAAGCCUCCAGGCCGGGCGGCGGGCUGGCCGAGGCUGCCAAUGCUAUCCAGGUCAUGACUUCUGAGGCUCAUGUGGCUGCUCCUUCUCUCAGCCCUUUGACUUCCCUUUUCAUCCUGUUCUAUCUCUACUGCACACUAGCCAAUGUCAGUUCAGUUCACCGUAUUCACCAGGACACCUCUGGGUGGAUUCUCUGAAGCCGAACGAGUCCUCCAGGGCAGCUGGGGCAUUCUGAGUUUUGUUACCUAUCAGAGAGAACAGACAUGGACCCAUCUUCACAGUCUAUUGGCAGAACUGGCCUCCGCUGCAGAGGUGCUGAGAAUCCUGAGGACUGGCCUGCCGUGAACACUAGAGGGGUUGCAAGUCUCUGCACUUCUGGACCAGGACCGGGGGUAGUCUGAUGGAGUCCCGAGAUGCUGAGUCUGUAGACACUAGCAUGUGGAUGUUUCUGGAACCUGUCUUCUUCAACAUCUACAGGACAGACGGCCACUGUCCACUUUCAGCGAUCUGAGGGUGGCUCUGUGAGAACCACAUUCUGCCUCACUGUGGGAACUCAUGUUAGGCCAGAGAUUCCGGCCACACAUCCUCAGCAUUUGCUGGGAAAACACUGUCCUGACAGGCAGUUCUGUGUGACUUAGCCAUGGUCACACAUCUUCCAUCUUCUUCUCAUGCUUUCUUUGAAUCAUAUGACCAAGAGUUUUCUACCAGAAGUACUUUCUGGGUUUUUGCUUGCAUUUUGUUGUUCUUCUUCUUUUUUUCAAUGUAUCAAAUCAAUGUUAGAAAAAUCUAAAUCUUUAUCUGGUGCCCCAUUCUAGAUGUAAGACAGUUAUUCAAUAGAUGCGAUUAUUUCCUCUAGGAGGUGUUUCUUCUUCCGUUGCUGUGCAGUAUGUAUGAACUUGGUUAUUAGGAGAUUAUAUUGUGACAUUACCAAUCUUUAUUGCUAUUUAAAAAUGAUAGUUUGUAGACCCAAGAAUUCCCGUGGAUGUGAAGCACAAUUUAAUGGAUAAGUUAACAUAUUAAACUGUUGUGAUGUCAAGAAUA